UACGACAUUACGUUUUCUUCGAAUUAAUUAGUAUGUAAAUUAUGCGCUUGACACAGGGAACCCAAAUACAGCGUCAAGGAAAACAAAAUGGCGGGUGUUCGUAAGCAUGUGGUGUUGAUGUGUUUUGACACGAAAAAAUGCCUUUAAAAUGUUUGAUUCUAGGAUUUCCAUCAGUAAUUGUAUACUAUAACAACAUUUUUCUCAUACUAAUUGGGGAUUGUAGUUUCUUUUUGCAAAUUUAUGUGAAAAAUGCCAGUUUCAUUGAAAGAUGAAUGCACUCAUCAAAAGAAGAAGAAGAAGAACAAGCAUAAAAGUAAAAAGAAUAAACGAAGAUCUGUAGAAGAAGAUAUUGAACAGCCUGCUGCAGAAUUGGAAGGUUAUAAACAGAAGAAAGAAAAAAGAAAAAGGAAAGCAGAGAAAGAGGAGAUUCAAGAUAAUGCACCCAAGAUGAAGAAGAAGAAAACGAAACUAAGUUUAAUCCAAGAAGGAGAUGAAGAUUUUUGCAUGGAAAAAGAAAGGAAGUUUAAAAAGAAGCGAAAAGGAAGUUUGGAGUUGGAGAAAACAAUUGAACGAGAAGAUAAUUACGAAAGAAAGAAAAAGAAGAAAAACAAGUCAGUGAAAAAAGACAAGAAAAGUUCCUACUGCAAUGAGAAAUCUCUGGAAAAGAAAUCAAAAAAGAAAAAGAAAGGAGAGAAACUACCAAGUAAAGAAUCAACUGAAACUCAAAAAUCACUUGAAGUUGCUUUUGACAAAGAAAGUAAAGAGAAAUCUGAAAAAAGAAAAGACAAGAAUAAAGCACGACCUGAAGAAGAUUCAUUAUAUGAUGAAGAUGUAAAUCCUCUACACUUUGAUUGGUUGUCGAAUGAAGAGUUAAAACAAAAGUUUAAGAUCAGACAAGGAAGGUGGACAAAAAAGGAAGAAGAGAUACUAAAGAAAAAUAUGGAACAGUAUCUUCUUGAAAACGAUCUUGAUGACCCCUCAAAGUUAAUAUUUGCUCAUCUACACGUUGAAUCAGAUGAAGGAAGAGAAUGGAAGGAGUUUGCAAAAACCACAAAUUUUUAUAGAAAACUUGGAAAAGGUCUCAACCGAGGUAUAUUUUACAUUUACAGAAAAGUUUUACGUUCAUUUGAUCAGGCUAACUACUUAGGGAAAUUUUCUGAAUCUGAGGAUAGAGAACUAGAAAAACUUAUCACUAUUCAUGGGAAGAAAUGGGRAAAAAUUGGAAGAAUGAUGGGAAGAAGUGGUCUUGCUGUGCUCCACAGGUACAACUGGAACAGUGGUAGCCGUGGUAAGUGGAAAGACAAUGAAGUUGAUCUGUUAAGAGAAGCAGUCAGAAAGAUAACUAACACAAAGGAAGAUGAAGAAGUAUUUACCAACAUAAACUGGAAUGCUGUUGCUUCUAUUGUCAAGACAAGGAAUGCUGACCAGUGUAGAAAGAAGUGGCUAUUACAAGUUUGUUGGAAGGACUGCACAUUAGAACCAUGGAAAAGAUGGGGUGCUGAGGAAGAUUUGAAGCUAAUAAAACAAGUGUAUGAAUGUUCUGCUACAGAAGAAUAUGACAUUGACUGGUGUGAACUGCAGAAAGACUUUAAAAUGGCUCGUUCUCCAGAAUGGUUGCACCUGAAAUUCAAAGUCAUCUUGAAAAAGUACUGUAACUCUGUUGAUCUUGAGAACACAGAUUUUGAAGAUGUUAUUGAUUACCUGUACAAUGUGAAGAGGAAAGAGCUGGAAGACAGAUACUGCGACCACCAGGAUUCAAGCCUAGAAUAAUCUUCUAAGGCUUUUCCUUUGGCUUAGACACCAUCCAAGUAUCCUCUUGGGAUAUAACAUUAUGACAUACAGUAUUAUGCCUAGCACAAAGUACCACUCCACUGGAGAAAAAUAGAGCUGACAGUGCUACAAAAAAAACUUUUUGGAGCUUCCAAAAUAAAUAUCAUGCUUUAAGGUUUAAUGUCCUUUUGGUUAACUUCCUAUGGAGUGAAUUAUACAACCAAAACUUGUACUAACCAUUUCAAUAAAUGAUUCUAUUUUCA